AGCUUGAGAAAGCAAAUUGAAACAACCCGCAAUAUCAACCUUUUCAGAAAUCCUCAUUCCCCAAGAUGAGAAACUCUGUCCUCUCCCUCUUCUUUGCUGUGGCCCUGUUUUUGGAGUGCUCCACACCAUCCACGGCCAUUCCUAUGAGCAAGACGGAGGACCCUGACUCGGACCAGGACACCUUAGACUCCCUACUGAACGAAGAGGUGGCCGAAAACAGCCUUGAUUCAGUCAGGGGUGGGAGCUCCAAAAUUAUUGUGUUGGCGGACUCAGGCAUGUUGAAGAACCUGAACAGAGGACUUCCUUUCUACAAGUUCAGGGCUGCAGCCACUGGGUCGGAGAGAGCGCUGACCCUGGACCGCAGAAACGUUGGCCAGGACCUGAGCCCGUACAUCUCUGUCGUCAGGAGGGACACCAUGAGAUGCAUGGUGGGAAGGGUGUACCGGCCUUGCUGGGAGGUGUAGAGGAAGCUGACCAAAGAAAUCCUCCCAUAUCGUCGUUCAUCUGCCUGUCCGACCACUCUUCUGCCUCUCACUCUAAUCCUGAGCUGUAUACAAUUAUGUUUCGCUUUUCACUAUGUAUUAAUGAAAUUAGAUGAAUUGAUGUCUGCAUUAAAAAGUCA